AUGUCGUUCCCCGCUGCCCUCCGACCAGCCGCCCGAAGCGCGUACCGCGACGUGCUCCGCGCCGCGCGCGACACCUUCCACGCCGACCCUGCGCGACACGCGCAGUUCGUCGCGGCCAUUCGGCCAACGUUCAUGUCGGCUACCCUUACCGAUCCCGCCAAGCCGCCGGCGCAGCCGCUCGAGGGGCCGCCUGUGGACUUUGCCGCGCCCGAGGAGAUCCAGAAGCGUGUUUCGGAAUGGAAGGAGGUCGCGUCGUUCCUGCGCAAGAAUGUUGUGCAGGGACGGCAGGAUGAGACCGGGACGUUUAAACUCCGCGUGACCAAGGACACGGAUCUUGGCGACAACGAGACCAUCAAGGCGCCCAAACCCAUGCCCGUCACGCCGUUCCCGAACCGCGGCAAGCGCCGCAGGAAGUGUGGCGAGUAG